AUGUGGCAGAUGCUAAGGGGGGACCUUCUAGAUUUCCUUCUUUUUGGACUUAUUUGCUCCUAUGUGCUCCUAUGUGCUGUAAAAGGCCCCAAAGUAGCUUUAUCUGCAUGGAUAGUCCAGGAGGAUGCAAAGAAACACUCGGACGCGAUCCGUCGACACGCCCUCAACCAGUUCCUGCGGAUACGGCGCGAGGAGAAAGAUCGCGACAGCGACCCGUUCCGAUGGGGCGACGAGGUAUUUGAAUGCAUGAUAGUUGCCCUCGACCACGAACACAGGACCGCUCAACGGUCACUGAGACAAGAUGAAGUCCCCAGCAACAUUCACGCGACGGAGAAAGCACGCCGGGAACCCGGGCGACAUAUACUCGAGACGACCCCUUCGGACCCCGGGACCUCCACAAUCCACGAUUUACGCAAGGUCGAGCCUAACGUGCGCCAAAGGCUCGUCACUCUGACUUCGUUCCCGCUCAUGGGUGCUCCAGGCGCAAUCCGCGAACCGCUCCAGUCCAAGGCGUCCAUGGGCAUGUUCGUCCCCGAGAACGUUCUCAGCGGUGAAGCUCGCUAUCAAGCGGCAGCGUCGAACAUCCGCGCUAGAAGGGCCGCAAAGCCGGCGAUCAACGUCCCAGUCUUUAUCGACAAGAACACCGCUCGUGCGUUCACCGACGGAAUGCUACCAGAAGACAGAGUGGCUCCAGAACCUGACUCCGAUUGCUUCCCCGAGCCAGAUCACAUAUAUCUUGACGUUAUGGCAUUCGGCAUCAGUUGUUGCUGUCUUCAGGUUACCAUGCAGGCCGCCAACCUGUCCGAUGCCCGCCGCUUGUACGACAUGCUCACACCUGUGGCGCCGAUCAUGAUGGCUCUUACCGCGGCGAGCCCGAUCUGGCGCGGCUACCUCACGGAUGUUGACUGUCGCUGGGAUGUCAUAGCCGCGCUCUGCGACGACCGAACGCCCGAAGAACGCGGUAUGGCGCGGAUACCAAAAUCCAGAUAUGAAAGCGUCAGCUUGUAUCUUGCCGAUGAGCCACCGAUAAGACCUGAAUAUAACGAUGUUCACGCGCCGCUCAACCAACCGGUCUACGAGGAGCUGGUCCAACACCGCGUUGAUGAACCGAUGGCAAGGCACGUAGCUCAUCAGUUCGUUCGUGAUUCCGUGAUCGCGUACCGGGAGACGCUCGACCAGGAUGAUGCCAUAGACUCGGAGCAUUUCGACGACGUGCAAGCGUGCAACUGGCAGUCGAUGCGGCUCAAGGUGCCCGAAUCCGAGACACUCGGUUGGCGCGUGGAGCUUCGUACGAUGGAGGUGCAGCCGACCGACUACGGAAACGCGGCCAUGACCGUAUUCGUCGUGCUCUUGUCCCGCGCAAUACUGAGAUACAAUCUCAGCUUCUACAUCCGCAUGUCGAAGGUCGACGAUAACAUGAAGCGGGCGCAGAGACGCGAUGCCGCACGUCGAAGCAAAUUCUGGUUCAGGAAGCACGAUCGCGAGAUGCGGAACUCGUUCCCCCGGGUGCUUUGCCCGGACUGCCCCAAUUCCGCCGACGAUGGACUCGAGGAGAUGACGAUGGACGAGAUCGUGAACGGGAAGGGCGAUGCCUAUCUCGGCUUGGUGGGCCUCGUGGAUCUGUACUUUGACAGCCUUGAGAUGGAUCAAUCCACCCUCGAUAAAUUGCGCGACUACGUUGCUCUCGUGAGGGGGCGUGCAGAUGAGACGUGGAUGCGCAAAUUCGUCGAGAACCACCCGGCAUACCAGUUCGACUCGAUCGUGCAUUCGGAUAUAGCGUACGAUCUAAUCGUAGCCGUGUGGGACCUUGAACAAGGUCUUCGCAAAGAAGCCUGCCUCGUGCCUGCCACGCGUGCCUCAGCCGCAGAUGCAUGA